UACCAAAGACAUUCAGUCAGAGCAUACGUUUCAGUCGAAACGCACACAGUACGGGUUCACUCUCGUCUUUUAAUAUUUUAAUAAAAAAAAAACAACACAACAACAUUAUUUUGUGUCCAGAGAUACAACAAUUGAUUUUUCGCUUACAACAUUCGCAUCGUUUGUUCUGAGAAUUGCAUAACCGCACCACUCGUCGGUAGAAAAAAAAUCGGCAGAAAUAAAUACCACUGUAUCUUAGCAAUGCGAGUACAGACAUCGUGCGACAGCUAUUGAAAUAAAAUUAAACGGUUAUAUUCAUUCAACAUUUUGCCAAACCAACAACAAAGCAAAAAACACUGUGUGAGUUUAAUAAACGUGAAAGCGAUAUAUUCAACACUGCAAAGAGAAACAAACAAAAAACAACUUUACUCAAAUUGUGCGUUUCAUUCAAUCUAGUUAACGGGUGCAAAUAGUGAAUUUUUGGUGAAAAUUUGUCAUUUUGCAUCGAUAUUUACAUUCUCAACGAGGCACGUUUUAACGUGUCAAAGUGACCCAUUAACCAAUUCUUUAUGUGAAUUCAAUUUCAUAAUAACCAUAAUAGUGACUGUUUUAGUGAACAAGUUCAAAAUAAAAAGAAACCAAAAAAAAAAUGGAAGCAGAAAAUGCACCAAACGCUUCACUUGGCAAUGGUAAUGUGCCAACAGCAGCUGAACCAUCAUCACAAAAAGUUCAACCAGGAACAACAGAAAGUAUCAUCACUACAAUUAUUUCAACCAUUUGGGAUGUGAUUGUGUUCUUAGCCAUUUCUAUAGGAUAUAUUUUCCAAGAUUUAUUCUACAGAGUGAUUGGUUUUCCCGAGCAGAAGUUACAAGGUGAACUGGCUCUUGUAACUGGUGGCGGCGGUGGUCUUGGACGAUUGAUCUCAUUAAGACUCUCAAAAUUAGGCGUUGACAUCGUCAUUUGGGACAUCAAACAAGAAGGUAUUGAUGAAACUGUUGAGAUGAUUCGAGCUAACGGUGGCACUUGUGUUGGUUACAAGGUCGAUAUUUCAAAGAAAGAAGAAGUGUAUAAAGCAGCUGAUGCCAUACGCCGCGAUGUUGGUGAUAUCACAAUGCUUAUAAACAAUGCUGGUGUUGUUUCGGGUCGUGCACUGUUGGAUACGCCAGAUCAUCUGAUUGAACGGUCGUUUAACGUAAAUGUGUUGGCACAUUUCUGGACAACAAAAACAUUCCUUCCAGCCAUGCUUGAAAAAGACCACGGACACAUUGUUACAAUUGCUUCGCUCGCCGGCCACGUUGGUAUUGCUAAGUUGAUUGACUACUGUUCAAGUAAAUUUGCUGCUGUCGGUUUUGAUGAAGCUUUACGUUUAGAAUUGGAGUUGCUUGGAAGCCAAGUUCAAACCACUUGCAUUUGUCCUUACUUUAUUCAAUCGACUGGCAUGUUUGAAGAUGUUAACUCAAGAUGGGUACCAACAUUGACAUCGGACGACGUGGCCGAUCGUGUCGUUUCCGCCAUUCAACGAAAGGAAAAGCUCGCCAUCAUUCCGCGUUACCUUCAACUGAUGCUUUGCGUUAAGUGGAUUUUCCCAUGGGGUUGUGCUUCGGGAUUCUUGCGUCGCAUUGUACCAGAUGCAGCGCCAGCUCAUGCAUUAAAUAACGGAAUGCCAGCUAUUCAACGACAAUUAACGAAAGAACUUUUGCUAAACGAUGACAAUCAAGCCGAUUCAGACAAAGAAAAUAAAAUCCUAUCGGACGGCAGCAAUAAUAAUAGCUUAAACAACUUGAAUAACAACAAAAGUGCAUCGUUGCUCAUUAAACGUUUGCCAUCAAUUGGAGAACGUGUACUCUAAGCGUAUCAUUCAUAUUAACAAAAUGACACAGCCACUUGUUCAGAUAAUAAGCUGUCAGAUUAAAAAAAAACUGGAUCUAAAAUGUUUGUUUCCACAUAUUAUGCAUCACUUCAACUUGAACUUUGCUCCGAACAAACAAUCGAUUUGUAAAAUCUUAAAGUUGUAUGAGUAGAAAAAUCGACGCUUAUUAUCUGAACGACUUUAUUCAAUCUAAUUGAAUCGACAUUAGAGUUUACAACACGAUACAGAUAUAAUAAUGAUAUAAUAAACAUCUGAAUUUCCGUAUAAUUUUUCAACUCCAAUGUGAAAUUCCAAUAAUAAUUGAAAUUCUAAUGUGUUGUAAUAAAUGAGUACCAGUUUGAGAAUGCAGAUAAACGUAUAAUAGCAUUAAUAACAAAAUACAAACCCAUAAAUUUAGUGUAAGAUGAUCCGGGAAAAUAAUCACAAAUUCCAGCAUCAAGAAACUAUUUGAUAAUUUUAUGAAUAAAAAGUGAUUUAGUUUGUAAUGACUUUUACCUUAAUAUUGUAAAGCGACAAAAUUGUAUGGUCUUAAUUAGUUAAGCGGCAAAAUGAAUGAAAAUAUUUAAGUGUGCUUAGGUUUAGUUUUCUUUUUUUUUUUUGGUUUCUUCACUUUUUACGAUAUUUUUUACACUCGGUCCAUAUACCGAAUGAAAAUAAAAACAAUCAGUUGCCUUUUUUGUAAUUCCAAUGAACGUUGUAAGAAGAAAAAAAAUGUUUUUUUAUUGGUCGUUUUUAUGAGAAAACGAAAACAAAAUUGGAUAUUAUUCAUAUCGAUUUUUUUAAACAUAUAUAAAUGAUAACCGAAAAACCAUAUAUUUCGCUUGUCAAACAACAUUUUCAAGAAAUAAAUAGCAUUUAUAACCAA